ACCAAUGAAAGUACGUGUCGUCAUCGACCACCCGGAAGUCAUGUUAAUUCAUUCUACCGGUUUUCCAAGUUGCAUCGCAUCUCAUGGUAGCACUCUAUUCAGGACGCACGAGAGAUGUUGUUGCUGGUGUUGGGAGCCCUCCUCCUGCUCUUCUGCAGUCUGGAUGUAUGGUACUUCCUGCGGGGAGCCCAGGUGUUCAUCCAGGCGUGGUUCCAGCCCAGAAUAUGGGACAUUCUAGCUGAGCAAAGCAUUGACGGCAUGGUCCUCCCCCAUGAUUUGGACUACAUGGGCCACAUGAAUAACUCCCGAUACCUGAGGGAGUGUGACUUUGCUCGCUUCCACCAUUACAUGCGAAACGGGCUGUUCAUGGCCUCACGCAAACUGGGGGCCAAAAUGGUGGUAGGGGCCUCCACCAUACGGUACCGGCGCUCCUUGGCCUUCCGUGAGGCUUUUGAGAUUCGGACCAAAGUAGUAGGAUGGGAUGAGAAGGCCUUUUACUUGGAGCAGCGCUUUGUGUCCAAGAAAGAUGGCUUUGUAUCUGCGGUCAUGCUUUGCAGGCAGAAUGUGGUGCACUGCAGCCCAGAGAGGAUUAUCGAAUUUGUCUGCAAAAAGAAGAUCGAGUGCCCGGAGUUUCCUGAGGACCUAAAACACUGGAUCAGCUUCAUCUCAGCCAGCAGCCAGGCCCUGAGGGCAGAGAGCGGACUGGAGGAGAAGAACAAGUGAAGCCACACCAUGACACCAUGUAUCAUGAGUGUAGAUACAUAUCAUUUGCAUUGCACGCACAUAUACAGUAUACAUCCAUACACACAUGCACACCAACAGUUAAACAUCGUAGAGAGUUUUAGUUGACUGACAAGUUUCCACUUAUCUGUUUUGGGUUAAUCCUACCUGCUGUGUAUUUUUGUAUAAUGUGAACUGAAGUACUGAACUUAUAACAACUGAAUAUGAAAACUUGAACUGUACUGUAGGUAUUCCAUGUUUUAAAAUGCACUCAUGCACUGGGAUCAUAAUGAAAGUUGUUCUCUCUGAAGAAAGUGAAACACAAAAAACGUAGCUUUAUCCUUGCAGCUUAUCCAGUAGUUGACUGUCAAUAGACUGGCUUCAGACAUCUUCAUUCUCAUUUAGUAAAAUUAUUCUGACUUUAGAUAAGCAUGUAGAGCAAAAGUUAAUCUUCCACUGACAUCAAUGCAUGUUUUGAAACAACCAGAAUAUUUUUUGUGCCUGUUUCUCUUGAAUAGUUGUAGUUUACAGUUAUAAUUUCAGAGAAUUAUAACUUUUUAUGACAAAAAAACUUACAGUAGGUUUGAUGAAAUGCUUGAAUAGACAUCAUGAACAUGUAAUGACAAUUAGUUUUAAUCCUCCCAUCAGCAUUUUGCACAAGGUAACCCAAACUGAACUCCUGUUAAAAAUCUGAGAGAGAAUAUUUGUUUUUGAGGGAUCCUUUUUUGUAUUGUUCUUUUACCAAAUUUAUAAUGCAUGCACUUAAAGGGUGGGCUUCUUGAUCGGAGUUGCAUGUGAUUUUUGGGAGAAAGUGCUCAAAUGCAAAUUGAAAUGUGUGAUAAGCAAAUGCUAAUACUGUAUGAGGUUGCUGGCAACUUUUCAAAACUUGCAACGCACAAUGAAAACUGAAUGCUUGGAUGAUGCUUUGUUUUUAUGGAGACAGCCUUUUGAAAUCAGGAACCUUCCCUUUAAUGCAUCAAAGCUUUAGUUUGUGACCAAAGUAAUGUAUUGUUCUGUAUGCGGAGGAAACUAAAUUCAUUUUUAAAGAAGAUGUACUGUAUGUCUAACCUGUUAUUUAUGUUAUUAAUGCACAAAAUACUAUUUAAUUCCUUUUAAGUUUGAAGAUAUGUGUUGUCCUUUUUAUUUUCCACUUAUAUAUAUUAUGAUUUAUUGAAAUGGAUUACUGUAUCAGACAUUUAUUGUGUUUAUUAAUUAUUUAAUGGCAUUUUAAAUUAAAAAUGCAUUGGAAACUA